AUGCUUGGGGACGCCGACCUCAAAGCCCUCGGUGGGAACCUCAAGUCUGUCGAGGACGAGAGCCAGAAACACCACGAUGACCUGCAGAAGCUUCUUGGCCAGUUCCAGUUCCUCCUCGACAGCUACAACCGCCUGAAGAGUGACUACGAGGAGGAGAAAGAGGGCCGAGAGAGAUACAAGAGACUGGCCAAAACUCAGGAGCGGAAUCCGUUUGUACUUGUUCUUGUCGACGGCGAUGGCUAUCUGUUCAAGGACUACCUCAUCAAAUCCGGCCAUCAAGGCGGAGUGAAAGCGGCGCAACUACUCAACGAGUCUAUAAAAGACCUUGUCCACGAGCGACUGGGAACCCAGGCGGAUGAAUGUCGGAUUAUGGUGCGCAUAUACUCCAACAUCUUGGGGCUGUCAAAGUCUUUGGGCCGUGUUGGUCUUAUCGGAAAAGAAGCACGGUCCUUUUCGAUUUUUGCAGCGGGCUUCACUGCUGCCCAGGACUUGUUUGACUAUGUGGAUGCCGGGGACAAGAAGGAAGGGGCCGACUAUAAAAUCCGAGAAAUGUUUCGUUUGUUUGCGGAUAACAACCAGUGCAAGCACAUCUUUUUUGCAGGAUGCCACGAUACUGGCUAUCUGUCCUUGCUGACUCCGUACCGCGGCAAGACUGACCGCAUCACCUUGAUCAAGGCUGCCUCAUUCCACUAUGAUUUUAGCAGCCUUGAAUUCGCUGUCCGAGAGCUUCCCUCUGUGUUCAUGUCGACGCAGGUUGGCACACGCCAUAUCCCAUCUCCUACUGUCCCGCCGGGUGCUAAGAUCUGCACCCAUUAUCAAAAGGGAAUCUGCAAAUACGGAAACCAGUGUACCAAAGUACACACAGGGCUAGGUCAACAGUUAUCGAAAUCAGUGGAUAACACCUCGCCCGGAAUAUCAUCUUACUAUACUAAGGAGCCCAGGUUCGCCACCCGGGACGUGGAAUUCUACAGCAAAAAGCUUCCCUAUAUGGAUACUAGGUCGCUGCAGUUUAUUGCAGUGAAUAAGGACGGAGAGCGUAUUGAUACCUAUGUGCCCAUACCGUCGCAGGAGAGCCGGGAUACAUAUGCACGACUUUCCAAACCAUCCAGGCCGUGCAACUACUAUCACCUCGCGGGGAGUUGCGACACCGAGAAUUGCGAAUAUGGCCACACUCCGCUUGAUUCCGACUCACUUAGUGUGAUGAAGUAUAUCUUGCGGCAGAAUGCUUGCCCGAAAGGCGCUCACUGUCGAUCUCUAAAGUGCUAUCUUGGCCAUAUCUGCCAAAAAGAUGGCUGCAGGGGUACUAAACCUUGCAAAUUCAAGCCCUAUGCCCACACUCUAGAUCUUGUGGUGGCGUUGUGGGCUGACCCGAUUGAACGACUUCCUGAAGACUCGCCAACGAGCGAGGCAUCAGCAAAUACACACUCCAUGGAUGACUCGGGGUCUGUCGAUGGGGUUGAAAUAGCGAUGACCCUUUAA